UGACACAGCACUAUUUGCAUGGGCAGAGAAAGUGCUUGCAUAUUUUUAUGCUACACCUUUUUCUUCCUGAUCAGAGAAUAUACUGGAGAGUAAUUGCGGUGCUGCUGGUGGCGGCAGCAGCCAGAGGGGCAGGAAGCGAAGGAUACAUAUCAGCGGACAGAAUGUCAGCAAAACAUUAAGCAAAAGCACUUCCAACAACAACAACAACAACAUGUGGUAUAAAAAUAGUGGCAAAAAUAAUAGCUGUAAGGGGGCAAGCAAGGUGGAUGGACUUGAUUACGACAGCAAUGAAUGCACCACUGCGAGACCUUAAAGGCUACAUUGGAGACAGAUCAUCCUGGAGAGAAUCUAUGUGGUCACUAAGAGGCGACUCCGACUUGACAGCACUCAAUCAAUCAAUCAAGGGAGCAAUAGCUAGAAUGCUCCUGGCCUGUCCCCUAAAAAUGUAAGAGUAGCAUCCUUGGGAGGAUUCAUCCAUCCACUGUGGGGCCAAGAGCUGCCGUGGUGGGUCUUUGGGGAGGCCAAAUAGGCGGUCCCUUAGUCCAAGGUUCAUUUUGAUGUGCAGCUGGGUGCAUUCUAUGCAGUGCAUUUUAAAAAAAUGUGCAGUGGAAACUAAGAUGUUGUGCAGUUGGGCCUAUGGAGUUUAAUAAGGACAUACUGUAGGUUGUUUCCGAAGAUGUAACGGGGUGGAGUGGGGGCAAGAUAUUGAAUAUUGUUUAUUUUCCAUUUCAUAACCUUAUACAAAAAGUACAUUACAGCCUUCUGUUUCUCUCGCUCAUUCUUUGUGAGGCACCAUCAUUUUUCUUGCUUCCCCUCUUUCUUUGUCCUUCUCAUUUCCCCCUCCUUCCCUCUCUGUCACUUUCUAUUCAUUUGCCCUUUCCCUUCUGUUAGCAAAUGCUGAAGGACGGGGAUGCUUGUGGAUAGGGGUGGGCUGCAGCCACUGCUAGUGCAGAGUUAUAAUAAACCUGCAUGAGUCCUCUGUAACAUCUGAGUCCUCUGUAACUCAUGAAAGAGUGCAAAGGCAACAGCCACACCCAUUGCAUGUCCCCAGCAUCUGGGAUUCAGCCUGUGCACCUGGAGGUUCUCUAUAGCCAUCCUGACUAAUCGCCACAGAGGGGCCUCUCCUCCUCCAUGAAUGUUUCUAACCCCCUUUCAAACCCAUCUAAGCCAGGGAUCAUCACCACACCUAGUUCCACAAGUUAAUUGGCUUUCUUUUUUGUGUAUUUUGAACAGAGACGGGCCUUAGUGCUAAAUGUGAUGUAGAGGGAUUUCCUAGCUAAGAGACUUUAGCAAGUGAUUAGGUGGGAAACAUGUAGGGAGCAGGGUGGGGGCAGACAGGGGUGACUAUCCCCUGGUGCUUUGACACUUUGAGCUGCACAACCAAGACAGUGUUUGGAUUCAAACCAGAACCAGCAUGGCCAGUAACUGAUCUUGCGAUCUCACAAUCAGCCACAGAAUUCUGCCGUCAUGGUUCCCCUUGGAGACCUGUGAGGAUUCUGCAGGAGGCUCACUUGGCAGCAUUCUAGAUAAGCUGCAGCAUCUUUGAAAAGUUGGUUGUCUUUGGCUGUCAGUUUAUCAUCAGCUUAUCAUCUCACCUGUCAGGAUGGGUGGCUGCUGGUCAUGGGUGAACUGUAGGUCUCACCCAGAGGCAGAACCCAAGAAUGAAGAUGAAGAUGAAGAGGGGGCACAGACUGGUCAUCCCAGAAAUCGGGCCCAUGUUGCCCCAAGUCCUGGGGAACCCACGUUGCAUCAUAUUCUGGGGGACCCUCUGAGGGAAGAGCCCAAUGAGGCAACCUUGGUCCCAGGACCCCUUCCAGGACUUUAUUUCCCUACUGACAUUCUGGGGAAAGAGCUCAAUAAGGAAGCCUCAAAGCUAGGAUCCCUUCCAGAACCUCGCGUCCCCACAGAUAUUCUGGAGGAAGAGCUCAAUGAUGAAACAUCGGUGCCAAGAUCCCUUCCAGGACCUUGCAUCACCAAUGAUGUUCUGGGCGAAGAGCCCAAUGAGGCAACCUUGGUGCCAGAACCCCUUCCAAUACUUUGUGUCCCCACUGACAUUCUGGGGAAAGAGGUCAAUGAGGACACCUCAAAGCCAGGACCUCUUCCAGGACCUCACAUCAUUAAUGGUAUCCUGGGAGAAGAGCUCAACGAGGCAACCUCAGUGCCAGGAUCCCUUUCAGGACCUCUCAUUUGCACUGAUAUUCUGGAGGAAAUGUUCAAAGAGGAAACCUCGAUGCCAGGAUCCCUUCCAGGACCUCACAUCAACAAUGGUAUUCUGGGAGAAGAGCUCAACGAGGCAACCUCAGUGCCAGGAUCCCUUUCAGGACCUCACAUCACCAAUGACGUUCUGGGGGAAGAGGUCAAUGAGGAAACCUCAGUGCCAGGUCCUUCCAUCCCCACUGGCACUCCAAAGGAAGAAGCUUUUGUGUCAGAGCCCUUACCAGAGCCUUCCAUUGCUGACAAUGAUCUUGAGAAAGAAAUAGAAAUCCUCACAGGAUUACAGAAUGACUAUGUCCAGCGGCAAAUGAGGGUUCGCCGCAUUUCCCAGCAGUUCCCUCGUUCUCUCCGGGCCAUCAACCUGCAAAUUGGACACGCACGGACAAGGCUCAUCCGCAGUGAAGUUCGGCUGCAGCGGUGGGGAAAGGAAGGUGACCAAGCUCUGAUGCCUGUAAUUCAGACAGCUUCUCGUGAUGUUCCUGAAGGCCCUGCUACAUGUCUCCGCCCCCCUGGGUCCAGUUCAUCAUCAUCUUCUGCCUCAAUGGAAGUUGGCUCCAUCCCACCAUCUGCCUCCAUGUCUUCUCUCCUCCUGCAUCCCUCUCCCCCUCCCCCUCCCCCUCCUUCCCCAUCUCCACUAGAGCCGGACCUCAGCAAUGUGAGAGAAACUCUCCAGAGUUUGAUGGAUUUGCAGUUCCAUCACCUGAAUGACUGCCAAAGAGACCUCCGCAGCUGCCAGGAAUGUGUGCAAAACAUCAAGGCACUGAGGGGACAGCUCAGGAGACUGCGGAGCAGACUGGCAAGGGUGGAAGCCACCAUGGGGAUCCUGGUUCCUCCAAGGGAGCUGGAUGUUGAGGAGGAAAAGGAGAAAGACCAAAACCAGCAAUAAAAUGCUGCAUAUUUAUUUUAAAAAUAUUAAACAUUUGUUUUAAUAGGAUCGGAUGUAGAGAUAAAACAGUAAUAGAACAUGCAUAUUUACUGCUUAAAAAUUAAAAAGUUGAUUUUAA